AGAACAACGGAGAAGAAGUGACAACUGUUAUUAAGGUUACUUCAAAUCUGUUUAAUAUGCAGAUGCAGAAACCUCAGACUUAACAGAUCGGAGUGUCCAGGACGGAGGUGCGUUCAAAGACAAACAGAGGAGUGGAAAACUGCAGCACAAAGCACGUCUCUGUCCUCAUGGUUCAAACUGGAGCUCUGUAAAUGCACUCAAAUGUCAAGUGUCUUGCCUAUGGACACAACAACAGCAUUCAUCUGUGGGAGCUGGAAUCACACCGCCAACCUGUAGGUCCAUGGAGGCAGGUCUGUGGGGGUGGAUCAGAGGAGCCCAUAUAAAAGUCCAGACCUGGUCCUGGUGCAGCUGUGGUCUCUCUCCUCUGGGUGCUCUCUGUGUCUCCCUUGGGUGCUCUCUGUGUCUCUGUCUCCUUCGGGUGCCCUGUGUGUUUUUAAUUUUUUUGAGCAAACGUAGAGUUGAGGGUUUGAUUCCGGAUCAUGAUGUUGGCUCGGGCCCUGCUCCAGACGUCGCUGCUGCUCUGGAUGGCUCAACAGACUCUGCAGGGAGGAUUAAAGCCUCAGACUGUGGCAUAUGGGAGAAUGCUGCCCAACAGAGGAGCUGGCCUGGGAGCUGGGGUUAAACCUGGAGCCACAGGGGCCCUGGGUGCAGUCGCAAACCGAUACAACACUAAAGCAAUGAAGGCUGGACUUGGCCGGGGGUACGGAGGUGCACAGCUAGGAGUUGGUGGUUACAGGUCUCUCGGUUUGGGAGGAAGAACUGGACUCAAACCUGGAUAUGGCACACAGGGAGGAUAUGGAGCCAAUCUGGGCACAGGGAUGCUAGGUCCUGGACUUUCUAAUGGGCAGGGACUUGGACUGGGACAGGCUGGAAAACGUGCCUAUGGAGCUGGGCUGGGGACUGGUCUGGGGACUGGUUUAGGGACUGGUCUGGGGACUGGUUUGGCAAAUGGACUUGGAACAGGUCUCGGGACAGGCCUUAGUGGACUUCCAGGAGGAUAUGGAGCUCUGGGAGGAUUGGGGGUCCCAGGACAGGCCAGGCAGGGUUAUCUUGGACAAGGAAAUUAUCUGGGAGCUGGUCUGGGAACAGGUGGCUAUGGAACAGGUUUGGGUAAUGGAGGAUACUUAGGAGGUGCUGCCGGGAAGCUGGCGGCCGGUUAUGGAGAUGGAAUGACAGGAUACCUCGGGGCUAUGGGAGGAAAUGGAUACGGUGGAGAUGUCAGAGCACUAACCCCAGGUUUUGCAAAUGGCUUCGGUGAUGCAUAUGGAGCUGCUUUAAGUACAGGAGCCUUCCCCGGACAACUGCCUGGAGCUGGAUAUGGAGCACUGGGUGCAGGACUGGAGACAGUUAAUGGGAAAUAUGGAGCUGCAGCUCAGCUUCCAUAUGGAAGUGCACCAGUGAUCCCUGCAGGACUGGAAGGUGAAGGGGGGUACCCAUACAGCCAGCCCCUCGGCCUGGAGGCAGAAGGCGCUAAAUCUGCAAAAAGUUACGGAGACCAAGCUGCAAAAUUCACCGGAGGACCUGCUGCUUUGGUCAACGGCUACAAAGGUGACGUUUGAUCCACCUGCAACUAAAACAAAUACUUUAAAGUUGCACUGUGUAACUUUUUGGUUGGUGGUCCGUCACCUACUUGUUUCUAUGGAGAUGCCAUUAAACAGAUCUACUUUGCAUUCAUUCAAUUACAGGUGGUUUUAUAGCUCAAAAAUACCUAUAAAAACACAUCUUCUCACUGUGACCUGUAAUUUGGCUUGGUUUGGUCUCCAUGGACAUAGAAACGUUUAAUAUCAUACUGUGAAACAUUCCAGACAAAGUAAUAACAUCCUUAUAACUCCAUUGAAGACAAGCUUUUCACGGACCCUCCACUAAGAAAAGUUACACAGUGCACCUUUAAAAUGUCUUCAAACUUGUCAACUUCCUGGUUUUUCUUUUGUCUCCAACCAGGUUAAACUCUAAAUCCCAGGAUUCCCUCAAACAUGGAUUCAUUGUAUUGUGUGCCAAAAGAGUUCUAUACGUUUGCAAUUGUCUGCUUGGUCCGACUAUUGAUUCUACAAUUAUUAAUAUUGUUUUAAGCCUGUGUUUUUUUUCUGCGUGUCUGUAUUCAUAAACCUAUAAAAAUUGUGGUAAAAUAUAAUAGAACGUUUGAAUCAAUA